AUGUGUGAAUAUUCCGACGAACGAUUGCAAGAGAUGAUCGAUGUCAAGAUCAAGCUCAAUGGAGAGUGGUUUAGUGAGAAUAUUGACGGAGAAAUUCUUGUAGAGAUUAAACCAACUUGCAAAGCAAAAAUUCGUGUCAAAGACAUUACGCUAUUUCUACAAGGUUUAGAGAAAUUGGAAUAUCAGGUAGAGGAAAAUCGAAAAUUAGUGUGGAAAUCCGAUGAAAACAAGGCUCUGCAGCAGGAAAUUUCAAUUGCCGGAGAUGGUAAUCUUCCUAAGGGCUCUUAUGUUUAUUCCUUCUCUGAAAAACUUCCUAACGGUUUACCUGGCUCUUUCUUUGAAGAGACAACAAUUCUCGGAAAGGAGAUUAAGGCAAGAAUCUCAUACUUUGCUUCAUGCGUUGUGGAGCUACUAAUUAAUAGGGAAAAAGAGUCACAAUUUGUGACAGUUCAUCAACAAUUUGAGGUCUUUGAAAAAGUUGGUGACAAACUGGCAAAAAACUUAUUUGCAAGUAGAAUUAAUCAAGCCUGUGGUUUAUUAUGGAAAAUUUCAUGUCAAAAAGAUAUUUUCUGCAGGAAAGAAGCAUGUAGAUUUUAUUCUGAAAUUGUGAACGAAGGACAAAUUAGCGUUUCAAACAUUGAUGUCAAAUUAUUCCAAGUACUCUAUUUGAAAACACCGAAUACUAUGGGAGGGACUCCUGAAAGAAUAAUGAUGGAAAUUUGCAAAAAGAAUUAUACUGGUGUGCUGUCUAGAUGCAAAGAUAUGAGAAAUAUUGCAUUUAUACUUAGUCCCACUUUGCCAAAUUAUUAUUUAUAUCCUCAAACGACCAAUGGAACCUUGAUAAGAACAGAAUUCGUGCUACGAUUUUCUCUUGACAAUUUGGUAGAUAUUAAUGUACCUAUUCAAAUUGUUCACAAGCAGGACAUUCGUGUCAGGCCUCAAAAUGUAGGAAGUAUAAUUCUUGCAGAUAAUGUUAAAUCCAACAACAAACGAAAGUCUAAAAGUUUUUAUGGAGAAAUUGAAGAUUAUGAAACAGAUCACUUUAAAAAUCCAAAGGACGAUGAUCACUAUCAUGAAGUAGUGAGCUUGGAAAAGAAAACAGGUUGUUGUACCUUGCUAUAA